CCCCCGCUCCCGGCCCGAAGAGGGGAAACUGAGGCACGGAGCCACGUGGCCCAGUGGGGCGAGAACCCAGGAGUCCCGGCGGCGGCGCCAUGGAGCCCCCCGGGGUUUGUCCCCGCGCCGCCAGCCCCGCGGAUCGGGCCCCCGCAGCGGCCAGCAGCAUGCGUCUGGCCGGACCAUGGGCUCCACGCGGGUGACGGCCAAGGAGCUGUGUGAGAAUGACGACCUGGCCACCAGCCUGGUGCUCGACUCCUACCUGGGCUUCAAGACCCACAAGAUGAACGUCAGCCCGCUCCCUGCCAUCCGGAGGCAGCACCACCUGCGGGAGGCGGUGGAGGCGUUUCGCCGGCGCCGGGACCUGGAUGCCGCCUACCGUGCCCUCAUGCUGGGCGAAUGGGCCGGCCCGUACUUCAAGAGCCGCAGCCGCCAGCAGGAGACGGCGCUGAAAACCCACAUAUUCCGCUACCUCCGCAUCUUUCUCCCGGAGAGCGGAUUCGUGAUCCUGCCGUGCAGCCGCUACUCCCUGGAGACCAACGGGGCCCAGGUGGUGUCCACAAAGUCAUGGAGGAAGAAUGACAAGCUGGAGCUGCUCGUGGGCUGCAUUGCAGAGCUGACGGAGCCGGACGAGAGCCUGCUGCGGGCUGGGGAGAACGACUUCAGCAUCAUGUACUCCACGCGCAAGCAAUGCGCCCAGCUCUGGCUGGGCCCCGCCGCCUUCAUCAACCACGACUGCAGGCCAAACUGCAAGUUUGUCCCAACGGAGGGGAACACGGCCUGCGUCAAGGUACUCAGGGACAUCGAGCCGGAGGACGAGAUCACCUGCUUCUAUGGCGACGGCUUCUUCGGGGAGAACAACGAGCUGUGCGAAUGCUGCACCUGUGAGAGGAAGGGGGAAGGUGCCUUCCGGCUGCGCAAGAAGGACCCCUCGCAAUCUACCUCAGCCCAGAAGAAAUACCUGCUCCGGGAGACGGACGGGCGGCUGCAGCGCUGGAAGGGGCGGGUCUCCAAACAGGCGCAACAACAGAGCAUGCGGCGACGCCGCAGGGCCCGGCGCAGGAGGGAGCGUGGCUGCGCUUCCCAGCUCUGGGCCCCGUGCCGCGGACCGGCCUCCUCUCUCGCAGCUCUGGGCGCCGGCCCAGUGAAGGACCUGCGGAUCUCCCUGCACGACUGUGUGGCCUGCCAGGCCACGGGGGGAGCCGGCUGUCGGCUGCGGAAGCCGCUGUGGGUCACCCUGCCAUGGUGGGGCCCCAGGGCCAGGCAGCCGGGCCCUGCACCAGCCAGCACCGUCGUCCUCCGUCGCUCCCUGCGCAGAUGCUGCCGGGCGCAGCGGGACGACAGCUGCUGCACGGCCGCCGGCCUGGGUGUCCCGCGGCCCACGCCACCCGGCCCGACCCACGUGGAGCUGGGGGGCAGGCGGUCCAGGGGGCUGGCCGGGCAGGGCUCUGAGGCGGAAGCCCCCCUGGCUUGGGAGCUGCACGGGUUCAGAACGGCUGGCAGGAGCUGCCCCAGACGGGGCUUGGAGGAGACUCGCCCAUGCACCAGGCCUUGUGGUGGAGUUCUGGAGCUCCGGGCCGGGGUCACUGGGCCCGCUAGUGGAGCCCUCAAGCUGUGCGCUAGGGACACGCAGCUCCGCGCCGGGGACUCGGGGCGCCCUGGUGGAGCUCUGGAGCUCCGCACCGGGGACACGCGGCUCCGUGCCGGGGACUCGGGGCCCCCCGAUGGAGACCUGGAGCGCCGCGCCGGGGACACCCAGCUCCACCCCCCUGCUCCUCAGCCCCCCAGCCAGCUGGUCUGUCUGACCAGGAGUAUGGCCCGGCAGCAGGCCAAGGCCAUGCCCCUUGCCAGGCCCCACCCCCCCAGCCCGAGCCGCCGGCGGCCGGCCAGCAAGGCCCCCCCGGGCAGAGACGACCCCAAGCUCUCCCUCUACGCCCACGUCCUUCUGGAGACAGUGAGGCCGCGCCGGCCGGAGCAGGAGGAGCCCAAACGGACGGUGACCUUUCACCCCUUCACCCCCCCGAAACGCCUGCGGUUGGUGGUGAGCCACGGCUCGAUUGACCUCGACGUGGCCUCCAGCGAAGAGUUAGCCUGAGGCUCAGGGACCGGGAGGGGCCCAGCUCCCUCCACACCUGGCUGACCCACCCCCCUCCCCCCAGCCCAGGAGCCGGAGCCCCUCCGGAGCAAGAGGCUCUAGCCCAGCAGGGGUCUGGGUCUCUAAAGCACAUGCGCUUCCCCCCUCCCCAGGAUUGCACUGAGCCACCCCCUUACCCCAUUGGACAGAGCUUUUCCGGACGCCCUUCCCACACCAGGGUGCCCGGGGUGCUGGUGGUUUGUUGGUGACUUCUGGUGUCUGGUUCAAGCGGGACCCUUUGGGAUUAUUUAUAGUCAGUUUGGCAGGAGGCCCCAGGCCCAAGGAGGGGAGUGGGUGCGAACAGGCUGCUGGGACAUGGGGCCUUUCCCCUCUAGGGAGCUCUGGCUGGGAUCUGGCCCCCAAGGGGGGACUGGCUCGCUCAGGGGCAGGGAAUGGGGUACGAGGCCUUUCCCCUCUAGGGGGUACCUGCCCCAGAGUGGGGACUGGCUGGCUCAGGGGACAGGCAAUGGGGCCUUUGAGGGGACGCUGGCCUUGAUCCCACCCAAGAGUGGGAACUGUCUGGAAAGCGGGGUGCUGGGCAUCAGGAUGGAGGGCACUGCCCCGCCUGCCCGCUCCCCAGACUGUGGGCACAGGUCUGCCCUGUCCUGCUACCGGCCGUGUACCACACCCAGACCUUGGCUAAGGCUUUCAGUGGGGCCUGGGCCAGAUACCUCGGAGGGGGGCACCCUGCACACAGAGAUGCCCAGCAGCUGGUUAUGAGACCAGCCUGGGUAACAGCUGGUGCCAACUCAGCCUUGCACCCUACAGCUGGGGGGCUGCACACGGGGCCCCUGUCUCCCCAGCAUCCUUAACCCUUUGCAGGCCAGCCCCCUGGUGGGGGCCCAGAGUGGCGUUCAGAUGCUGCCCUGGCCCAGGACACCUGGGUUCCCACCUGAGCCGAACAGGCUGUACAGGAUGGUGAGUUCGUUAGUCAAUCUCAUUAGGGGCUCGGGUUGAUCCCCCAGUUCUCACCUCCGAGACAUGCCUUGCGUUUAGAUUGGAAGGGCCAGAUUUCUCCCACCCCCAGUGUUGGUGGGCUGUAGCUCCUUUGGACUCAUGGGAGCCAGCCCCCCAGCAGGGCCUACGGCCGACCCCCAAUGGAGCAAGGGCUGAUUAACCCCAGUGGGCGCUGCGGCUCUUCCUGUCCCCCCCGCAAUCUCUGGUGCUAGUUUGGUGUGUUUUCUCCCUCAGAUCCCCAGCUGCUGGAGUCAGGGGACGAGGGGAGAACUGUGCUGUUUGAUAAAAAAAAAAAAAAAAAAAACCUUUCCUAUGUGGGGUGGGGGGAAGCCCCCCAGAAAAAGGGGUCUGGCCUGACUGCAUUGAAAGCUCCUGGGAUGGUUUGCAAUCACAUCAGUUUUGGUCCUUGAGGCCCAGCUGGUGGAUUUUGAUCCCUGGGAGCUGAUGGGGGGGGGGCGCAAAGGGCUUAAUUACUAACAAGCCCUGGCUCUCCCCCUUGAUUCCCGGAGCUUGGUGUUCCUUGCCCCCUUACUGGUUUGGGAGGUGGGGGAGUGACCUCAGGCUGGUUAAAGGGGGCAUCUGAACGCCACACCCCAGUUGCUGCAUGACGUAGUGUUUAGGGUUCUCCAUAGCUGGGGGCUGGGUCCAAAGGAUAGUGGGGACAGUAGAACAUGGGAGCGGGGAGCCAGGUCUCCUGGGUUUGGUCCCCAGCUGAGGGAGGGGA